CCAUCUUCCAGCCCUUGGCGCCGCUGCAGGGCAUGUCUGCUGGGUCCACGCCAACCGCUAUUACCUCGACUUUUUCCUGUCAAUUCUGCUCAAACACACACACUCUCGUCAAUUGCUCUCUCUCUCUCUCUCGCUCUCUGCGGCUGCACCACCACAUCUUGUUGCAGACCCGUAUCGCCUAUUCUCUCCCCACCCCCGGCUCAGUAA